AUGACAACUACCCCAGGUGACACUGUUUUCAGGCUCCUCUUUGUGUCUAAGGUGUGUCUGGGCAUCCUGGGGAACUGUAUCGUCUUCCUGCUGUACGCGUACAGCUCUGUGUGCAAAUCACGGCUCCGGAAGCCCAUUGCCAUAGUUUUCAUGCAUCUGACCCUGGUCAACGCCUUGACCAUCAUUUUUGAGUCCAUGCCCUUCAUCGUCUCCUCGUUUGGAGUCCUGUGUUUCUGGGAUGAUGCCACAUGUAAAGCGAUGCUGUUCCUGUUCAGGGUCAUGCGGGGACUGUCCACCUGCACUACCACCUUCAUGAGUGCUUUCCAGGCCCUCACCAUCAGCCGCACCCCUGCCCAGAGGGCUUGGCUGAAAAGUCGACCCUCCACCUGCAUCCUUCUUUCGCUGCUCUCCUUAUGGAUCUUGAAUCCCAUCGUGUAUUUUGAAAUCAUCACAAAUGUGCAAUCAAAUUGCAAUUCCACCAUCAUGAGCAUGGGAUAUUCUCAUCCCUACUGUCAAACGAACUUCAUUAGGGCCACCCCAAUGCCCAUUAUCAGCUCUUUUGUGCUGCUAGAUGCUCUGUUCGUGGUCCUCAUGGUGGCCCCCAGCCUCUACAUGGUGACACUCCUCUACCGACACCGCCGCAGAGCCCAGCACCUCCACAGUCCCAUCCUUGACUCCCAGACAGCGCCCGAGAACACAGCCACUCACACAAUCCUGCUGCUGGUCAGCUGCUUCGUGUUCUUCUAUUGUUCCAACAACAUCGUGAUUAUGUAUUCCUUGUGGACGCUGGAGAAAUUGAACAAAUCCAAGGGUGUGCUUCUGAUGUUGUCCUUCAGCUACCCCACUCUAUGCCCGUUCUUACUCAUGAAGAAUAACAGAAUGGUUUCGCGAUGGUUCACUCACUUAUGUUAUACCAAGAAUGAUCCAUUUUAA